GACAAUAACUUAUAAACACAGAAACAGUAGCGCUCCAUAUAUAGUUGGGCAAAACCCACUUUCCCCGCGGGGAUCCUCGUAGACCUCGCCCGCGUCGUCGCCUCGCCGAGCACCCCACACCCUAGCCGCGUCGGAACCCCAAACCCUACUUCCCCCCUCCCUCUACCCACGAGGCCAAGAACUCCUGCUGCGGCGGCGGAGGCGCCGGAGGGCGCGCGCGGGAGGGGCCAUGGACGGCGACGGCGACGGCGACGGCGACGGCGGGGAGCGUCUGCGCCGCCACGUGCCGCUCUCGGAGGUGGUGGCGGAGUGCGUGCGGCGGUGGUUCCAGGACGCGCUCAAGGAGGCGAGGGCCGGGGACGCGUCGAUGCAGGUCCUCGUGGGCCAGAUGUACCACAGCGGCUACGGCGUCGCCAGGAACGAGCAAAAGGGAAGAAUAUGGAUUGAGAAAGCAUCAAGAUAUCGAUCUACAGCUUGGAAGGUCAGCGAAAAACAACCAGGAUAUAAUGCCAGUGACUCGGAUUCUGAUGAGGUGAAAGGAAGUACAAAAUGAUAACCAAAUUUAUGGGUUGACUUCUGAACAAGAAUCACUGAGCGCUGAAAAGCAGCAGCUAAUUACAUUCUUCAUCUCAGAAGCAGUGGUGUUAAUUGUGAAUCUUUUUUAUCCUUUGUUCAUUUAGUCUGAAGUUUGUAUCAUUCCAUUACCAGCAUUUGCUUGCUGUCCUCUCUCUCUCUCUCUCUCUCUCUCUCUCUCUCUCUCUCUUGUUUUUUUUUUCCCUUCCUGAAAUGGAAGAAUGCUGUGUAGGUUUUUACAUUUUUGAAUCGCAUGAUUUGUCACUGAUGGAUGCUGAUUUAAUGUUUUUGUCAUUGUUCAUUUUUAGCAAUACUUA